CCGGAUCCGGCCGGGCUCUGUAUCUUCUGGACGUUACUCAUGCACACCAUAUUCUACCUCUAUGGCAACUUGUGCCGCUGCAUCUUGCUCUCGGCGGAGGGAUCUCUUCUUGGCUCACUUCUGGGCCAGGACGAAUAUGCUCAGAAGUGUGUCUCGGUAAACCAUGGGAUGCUUCAGCUAAGUCUCCUAGCCCUCGAUGGCAGCGCUAGAGCAGUGUUCAGACCACAUUAUCGGGCUGUUCAACGGGACGAAUUCAUCUAUACUGCUUUAUGGGCUUGGGGGUCCUUCGUUUACGCCCUCUUUCGCCUCUUCGACGACUACCUUCUCAAAAAUAACCCGGCAUACGCUUUUGCGCUCGCUGCCGGACUCGGCCUUCGCCUUUUCCUAUGGUUUAUAGAGGCUGCCAUGACGGUCUUGCAUGGCUUUGUGAUGCGUAGGGUGCAUUGGUGGUUCUGGCUUCCUAAGAACGGUGCUUCGAAGGAGUUCGAUUCUGUUUGGAGCCAAGUGCUUUUUUUUAUCGUGUUUGUCGGAGCUCCGAUACUCUCCUAUAAUGCUUGUCUCUACCUUAGGCUGAAUAUCCAUCACGUUAAAUAAGGUAGAGGUCGAAGCUGAAGUACGAU